AUGGGGCCACUCCUGCUUCUGCCUCUGCUCCUGCCCUUGGUGCAGCCACAGACCCUGCAGCCCACAGAGCAGGAAAACAUCUGGGUGUUCAUCGUGCCCCACAGCCACAUGGAUGUGGGGUGGAUCUACACAGUGAAGGAGAGCAUGGAUACAUACGUGGCCAAUGUCUACAAAUCCGUGGUGGAGGCAUUGAUGCGAUCAGCCAAGCGCAGGUUCAUUGUGGUGGAGCAGGAGUAUUUCCGGCUGUGGUGGAAUGGAGUUGCUUCCAUGAAGUAUAAGAAAAAGGUACGAAAGCUUGUGGCCGAAGGACGCCUAGAGUUUGUCAGUGGAGGCCAGGUCAUGCCUGAUGAGGCAGUGACCCACAUGGAUGACCAGAUCCUGCAACUCACAGAAGGACAUGGGUUUCUCUACGAGACAUUUGGCAUCCGGCCCCAGUUCUCCUGGCAGGUUGACUCCUUCGGUGCUUCUGCCACGACCCCCACGCUGUUGGCACUGGCAGGUUUCCAUGCCCACGUCAUCUCCCGGAUCACCUACUACCUGAAGGAGGACAUGCAGGACACCAGGAACCUGCAGUUCGUGUGGCGAGGGGCCGAGUCUCUGUCCGAGGAGCAGCAGGAAAUCUUCACGCAUGUCCUGGACCAGUUUGGCUACUGCUCAAGGGGAUUUGAUUGGGAAGACCAGCCUGUGCUCCCAUUUCCGACACUGGUCCCAGAAAUGAACCAGCCUGUCAAUGCAUUGAAUGUUGAGGACUAUGCCAGCAGUCUGGUUGCAGAUGUGAAGCAGCGGGCUGAAUGGUUCCAGACAAGGCACUUGCUUUGGCCCUGGGGAUGUGACAGAAAGUUCUCCAAAGCCUGGUUACAGUUUGCUAACAUGGAUCAGAUAGUGAACUACAUCCAGAAACACACAUCCCAACUCAGGGUGAUGGUGAAGUACGCCACUCUGGAGGAGUAUUUCCGUGUCCUCCAUGCUCUCAAUGACACCUGGAAAGUCCGAGGCCACUAUGACUUCUUGCCCUACUCCCCAGAUGAAAGAGAGGUCUGGACCGGCUACUACGCCUCCCGCAGUGAACUGAAGAGGCUGGCGAGGCGAGCCAGUGCCCUACUGCAUGCUGCCGAGUUCAUGUUCACAUGCCACCUGCACCCCAGGCACCACUCAGUCCUGAACACAACCUGGGCAUUGCAGCAGCUGCAGUGGCUCCGCUGGGCAGUCUCUGAGGUCCAGCACCAUGAUGGCAUCACGGGGACGGAGACCCUUCAGGUGAGAGACAUGUAUGAGGAGCACCUAACGGUGGGCAUGGAGGGCGUGCAGGAGGUGAUGACAUCCAUCAUUACAGACAGAGAACAAGUCAGCAAGGGAUUGGACAAUGUUGGGCACAUGGCAGUGAUCUACAACCCUCUGGCCUGGAACAUCACCACCAUCAUCACCCUCACUGUGAGCUUCUCCCAGCUCAGUGUCACGGACCAUCUGGGAAAUCCUGUGCCCCCUCAGGUGCAGAAGUCAGAGAAGACCUCAUCCCACUAUGAUGUCCACGUGCUGACCACCAUCCCGGGUCUGAGUUAUCAGCAUUACAACAUCCAUCACAGCAAGAAGGUCCAUCUCAACAUAUCUGCUCCAAGAUAUUUUGAACGAAAGAGAAGAACAGCCACGGGGCCCAGUGACAAGCACCUGGUCUCCGUACAGAAUGACUGCUACACCGUGUUCCUGGAUCAGGACACUAACCUAAUGCAUAGCAUCUGGGAGAGAGAGAGUAAGCGGACCGUGCUUGUGACUCAGGACUUCCUGGAGUACCACCCCGACAAAAGUUCAGAAAAUGGUUCAAUUUCUGAUCACUACAAGUUCUCGACCAGCAAUGUUGCAAAGCCGGCCUGGAAUUACGUGGCAAUGAAUAUCGUGUUUGGGAAAAUUGUGACUGAGAUUCGGCAAUAUUUCUACAAAUCUAAGGAAGACAAAUACCAUAGCUAUGCCAUCAUCUCCCGGCUGGUGCUCGAGCCUCCGGGCUUCAGCACAGAGCUUCUGUGCCACCGGAUCGAGCAGAGCCUCCAGGUGGGGCCCCUGGAAGUGAACCGUGAAGCCAUUCUGAGGACCAGCACCAACUUGGACACGCAGCAGAUUCUCUACACUGACAGCAAUGGCUACCAGAUGCAGCAGAGGUACUACAGGAGCACUGUGAAAAAUAACAUUGCACAGAAUUACCACCCCAUGGUGCAAACAGCCUUCAUUCAGGAUCACCACAGUCGGCUGGUAGUGCUGUCGAAUCAGGCCCACGGCGUGUCCAGCCAGGGCAAUGGGCAGGUGGAGAUCAUGCUGCACCGCCGCUUGUGGGUCAACAGUGACUGGAUGAACGAGGUCAACCUGACGCUGGACGACUCCUCUGUGGCCAGCCCUGUGUUCUGGCUCCUGCUGGGACCCCAGCCACUCACCACUGCCCUGCGCCACAGGAGCGGGUUGGCUCUGCAGCACCAGCCUGUGGUGCUGCUGAGAGCAUUGCAUGAUUUUGUCCCGAUUCUCCAAAGCCGUAGGCAACAACCUGCUGUGACGCUGCCCCCGAGCCUCCACAUGCAGACACUGAGCACCCCUGGCUGGCAGUAUAGCAGCAACCACACGGAGCACCUGCAGAGGCUCAAGGAAGGCCCCUGGGAAAAGGCCGGCCCCAACCUGCAGCGAGUCCUGCUGCGUCUCCACCACCUGUUUGAGAAAGGGGAGGACCCAGUCCUGUCUCGGCCUGUGACCCUGAACCUGAAGUGGGUGUUGCGAGGACUUGGCACAGUGAGGAAGGUGGAGGAACGCUCCCUCACGGGCACUUGGGCCAUGGACAGCAUGCAGCGCUGGAGGUGGAGGACGCAGAAGCGCUUCCUGGUCCUCCUCUCCUUCCUGGAGAGCCCUUCUCACACUUCAGCCCAAUUCAGCCCUAGUGCCAGUCCUUCUUGA